UAAGCCUCUGCCUUAUACUUUAGUGAGUUAGCUAGGAGAGUGAGAGGCUAAUUCCUCGUGCAACCCCCUCCAUGCCAAUAAUCCAAAGUUCAGGAGUAAAAAAAAAAGCGCUGGAAUUGGAGUGAUUGUUUGCAUGAAAUGCAGCAGCAACUUUACCCUUCUUGCUUUUGAUUGUUUUGGCCUUUUCAAAUUUUUUACUUGAUGCUUUGAGUGGCUUUCAAGUUGGAUCCUGAGAGACAGCUUUCCUCUUAUUCCGCAGGUGCUUUGGGGAAUGUUCAUCAGUGCCAAGAACAUAACAAAGAAUGUUGCUGGACCUUUACAACUAGAACUCCUGGUGCAACUUCGGAGGGGGUCCUGUAAGAACUGAACUAGUUUCUAAAUGGCGUUCGGUGACCUCCUUGAGCAGGUGGGCAGCACGGGCCGCUUCCAGAUCCUGCAUGUGACCCUGCUAUGUAUUCCGGUGCUACUGAUGGCCAGUCACAACCUGCUACAGAACUUUGUGGCAUUCGUGCCUCCUCACUACUGCAGUGCGCACGCAAACCUCUCUGAGUACCAACUUAGCCCACGAGAAGUGCUGACAGUCACAAUACCGCUGGACCAAGCGGGCAAGCAUCAGAGGUGUCAAAGCUAUGUUGCUCCACAGUGGCAUCUGCUGGACAAGAAUGUCAGCGUCAAAUCAGAGGAGCAGGGAGAACUUGAUGUUGAAGUUGCCUUGCAGGGGUGUACUGAUGGAUGGUCGUAUAACAUGACUGAGAUGAGCUCCACUAUCAUAACCGAGUGGGAUUUGGUGUGUGAUCAGCGCUCUUUAAAGCAAAUGGGCCAAACCAUCUACAUGGGAGGUGUUCUUGUGGGAUCCAUUGUCUUGGGAAGUCUUGCAGACAAAUUCGGUCGACGCAACCUGCUGCUCAUUUCUCACCUGCUGAUGGCGGUGUCUGGGACGUGCGCCGCUUUCUCCACAUCCUUCCCCAUCUUCUGUCUGUGCCGCUUUGGUUGCGGGAUGGCGCUGUCGGGCCUGGGGCUCAACACAUUCUCACUCAUUGUGGAGUGGAUCCCGACGCGUGUGCGUACGGCAGUGGGGACUCUCACGGGUUACUGUUACACGCUGGGACAGUUAAUCCUGGCACUCAUCGCUUACUUUGUCCGGGACUGGAGGUGGUUGACAUUGGCUGUGUCUUCUCCCUUCUACUUCUUCUUUAUUUAUGCAUGGUGGUUUCAUGAAUCUUCAAGAUGGCUGGUCCUCAGCAACAAGCAUGACCAGGCCAUACAGAACCUAAAACGUGUGGCAAAAAUUAACGGACGUCACGAGGAAGGAGAGAAGAUUGACAUUAAAAUGCUGCAGGAGUCCAUGAAGAAAGAGAUGUCUUGCUCACAGGGUACCUACACAGUCUUGGAUCUGUUUCGCACUCCCACAAUGAGGAAGAUGACAGUCUGCCUCAGUGCUGUCUGGCUGUCAACAAGCUUUGCCUACUAUGGGCUAGCCAUGGAUCUCGAGAAAUUUGGGGUGGAUAUCUAUUUAAUCCAAGUGAUCUUUGGUGCCGUGGACUUUCCCGCCAAGGUUGUCAUAACUGUGUCCAUGAGCUUUAUAGGACGGCGUCCAUCCCAAAGCGGUGCACUAAUCAUCGCCGGAAUCACCGUAUUGUUAAACCUGCUGGUACCUUAUGACCAACAGACGGUGCGCACCUGUCUGGCUGUGGUGGGUAAAGGCUGUCUAGCCGCUUCCUUCAACUGCUGUUACCUUUACUCUGGAGAGCUCUUCCCCACCAUCAUUCGUCAGAAUGGAAUGGGCUGGGUAUCAAUGACGGCCCGCGUGGGAGCGAUGGUGGCCCCUAUGGUGCUUCUGAGUGGCGACUACACACCUUGGUUGCCUGGUUUGAUAUAUGGAGGAGCUCCCAUCAUUAGUGGCGUGGCUGCCAUAUUCCUCCCAGAGACUCUUGGAUCACCGCUUCCUGACACAGUACAAGAUGUGGAAGACAGGGGGUCGGGGAGAAUCUCCAAAACCUCAACAAAUGAAACAGUCGUUCUGCAAGACACCCAGGCAAAUCUCUUGAAGCAGGUCAUCUGAAGGCAUCACGAUGCUAUGCUGGCACGUUAAUGGAAAUAGGAGUGCAUGAUGCUUCUUGUUUUGCUACUGUGAUUUACAUAUGACUUUAACGUCCUGACUGACUGCUGGAAUAUUGAGACGGUAAUGCUCGCUUAAUAGACAAGUCAAUACAAUGAAGACAAUCAUGUUGUUCUGGACUCACAAUAUUUUGUAUUUAAAACAAAAAAGAAACAUGUUUAAAAGAAUGUUCUCUAUACAUUAAAAUGCUUCUACAGCUUGCAUAUCUGUGUUCUCUUGAACAUUUGUGUGCAAAGCAAAACACCGAUAGCAACCAUUAGGUAUGUUGGGGUGCAGAGAACAUACACACUUUAAAAAUAUGACAAGUGUAAUGUAGAGACAUUUAUAAUAAGAAAUAUGUCUGAACUAUUUUUGUCUGUAAAAAUAAAAAGUGAGCCGGCUGCAAGCUGUACCUUUAAGUCGACAUGUUUUGGAUUGGCUGAUUUACGCCGACAUGAGUGGUUGUCAACAUAAUCGUUUUUUGAAAUACUGUAACUGAAGUAAAG